UCUGUCACUAUCUCUAUACCGUUGGCUCCCAAACCAGGAUACUAGAAUACUAUUACUACCUUGACACAUCUCCUUGAGACUUUCUUCCUUGAUAUGGAUCUAAAGGGUUUUUGCCUGAGUGAAAACGUCAAUUUUCUCAGCCAGCACAACCACCUGUUGGUCUCCUCAAACACCGACGACGCUCCUUCACCAGAUGAUACAUGUAACAAGACGGAUCCCCCCAGCCCUACCUUCGCCCUGGACAGCACCACGCCAUUCAGUCCAAGCUCGGACAGCAGUGGAUACAGUUUAUUUUCACAGGGUCACUCGAUGGACCCGGAAUCCCCGAGUUCGAGCAGCAGUGGCAGCGUUGUCAGCGCAGCACCGGACACUAGCGGCACAACUAAGUUUUGGUCGGAGCGCAGUUUGGUGCUCUCGGCGCACGUUGACUCCAUCCUCAAAUGUGACUACUUAUCGUCUCUGCGCCCUGGACCUAAAAGGAUGUGCCUAGUUUGCGGCGACUUUGCAUCAGGAUAUCACUACGGAGUAGCGUCGUGUGAGGCAUGCAAGGCUUUCUUCAAGAGGACAAUUCAAGGUAACAUUGACUACAGCUGUCCUGUGAUGAACGAUUGUGAGAUCACCAAGCGUCGUAGGAAGUCGUGCCAAGCGUGCCGCUUCCAGAAGUGCCUGCGUGCCGGCAUGAUGAAGGAAGGUGUUCGCAUGGACCGAGUCAGAGGAGGACGUCAGAAGUACAAGAGAAGGGGGGACUCUGGCCUCUCUCUUUAUACGAAGGCCCCAGACACACACCCUGUCAAGUCCAACGGAAACAAAGUGAUCUCCCAGCUCCUCUUGACAGAGCCAGCCCCCCUGUGUGCCACGCCUGACAACUCAACCAAUGAUGACAACCUUAAAGCCCUGCUGACGCUGUGUGACCUCCUAAACAGGGAACUCCUGGUCAUGAUUGGCUGGGCAAAGCAUAUCCCAGGCUUCUCUGCCCUUUCAUUGGUGGACCAGAUGGCCCUGCUGCAGAGUGGUUGGAUGGAGACACUGGUCUUGUCAGUGGUGUUUCAGUCUCUGGGCUAUGGGGAGGAGCUGGUGUUUGCUGGGAACCUGCGUCUGGACCAGGCCCAGUGCAGAGCGGCAGGACUCUCUGACCUCUACACCGCCCUGAGACAGCUGACCACCAAGUACGAGCAGAUGAACCUGAGCCAAGAGGAGGUGGUCACUCUCAAGGCUAUGGCCCUCGCCAACUCCGAUGCAGAGAACCUGGAGAGUGUGGAGGCAGUGCAGCGGUUCCAGGACGGACUCCAUGAGGCCCUGCAGGAGUACGAGAGCUCCCAGCACACAGCAGAGCUCCACCGGGCAGGCAAGCUUCUCAUGACCCUUCCCCUGCUCCGGCAGACUGCCAACCGCGCCGUGGACACCUUCUGUAGACUCCACCUGGAGGGCCGCGUGCCCAUGCACAAACUCUUCCUGGAGAUGCUGGACGCCAAAAUAUGACUGUUCUACUACACCUAACCUCCCAUUGGCCCUCACAAACCUUAACCAGGUGCCCCAUUGUUGAGGGGUCAGAAGUUCAGGGCUUGUUGGUUCGCAGUUUUAUGACAAGUCAUGGUGUCAUGGAACAAGACUGACUUAUAAGUCAAGGGCUCUAUUCAAUCCGUGUCGCGGAAGUUCAACGUUAAAGUGUGAUUGAAAUGUAAAGGCAAUGUUCCCGCAUUAGCGGCGACUGCAUUCACUGGUAACUUUUGUCUAUGUCAGCUCAAUCGGAAAUGACCUUUACAAUGCUAUCGUGCAAUCUAUAACGCUUCAGCGAUAAAGACUGAAUAGUCCCAAGUAUAGCAUAUUUUUGAGGUACUUUUUCAGAGGAGAGUAUGUACAAAUGUUGUUUUUUUUAUAUCAUGGCGAUUUUCAAGCCAUGAUAUUCAGUCAAUAUGAAAGGAUGUUACUCAUGUGAAAACAUAAUAGCACUAUGGUUAUUGACGAUGCAUUCUGGUAGCUAGAGACCACAUAGCCAAAUGCCUCCAAGCAGUUAACCAGGCUGAACCAAACUAUUAGUACUGCUAUCAUUACAAACAGCACAUUCUUCUGACUUCCCUGCCUUACCAUACUGUACUAAGGUGUGACGCCAUUUUGUAUUUUAUUUAUGUAUUUAUUUAUUACAUGAUCGCUGUACAAAGACAUGAACUGCUUUCAUACUAGCACGUAUGCUUUUGAAUAAAAUGCUUUUGGAAUUAAAUGCGUUUAUAGUGUUACAGACAUUGCAG